AUGUCUUUUACUCUGUCUUGUCCCCUCUCCUUCGAACUUGUUUUCACACGCACUUACAACAGGACAAUGGAGAGUCUGGAUCAAGACAGGAAUCCACAUCAUCGAUGCUCCCUACUACCUAAAGCAGAGUCCACAAAUUAUGCCCUCCCGCCAAUAGGUACUACGAAGCUUUUCGCUUUACAGCUCUUCGAUUUAGGAUUCUCAAGAUUUCACUGCAAUAACAGGAUGAUUCGCUUCACUGCCUGGUGGAUGAUGAAUUUGGAACUACGAGACAAUAUUUGCCCUUACUCGCGUAAAAUCCACAUCCCAUUAUAUUUACCAUAUACAGAGCAAUACCAAAAGUACUCCUCCAGUGCAUCCCCUUAUCACCCCGCAAAGCCGACAAUAAUCAAGCUACCCCUCGCUAUCCCUGCCCCAUCCACGGCAACACUGAUCGCACUAAUCCUUUGUAUAAUGACUCCAUCAAGCUGUACAGACGCUUUGCCACAUCGCGAUGGGGUCGUCAUCGCAUUCGGAGCAAUACCAACAGCCUUUCCUUUCCAUCAUCGCCAGGUGCGGAUCUUCUGUCUCGAUGCUCCCAUAUCUGGCGCAUCUUUGAUACUCUGCCGUGUAAAUAUACUUGCCGCUCAGAAUCAGCGGCUUGAAUUGUGGACAAGAACACCAAACUUGACUUGCCGAAAGACAUCGAACUUGACGCUUGCUGAUUGCUUCUUGUAUGGAGUUCGCGAGCUGUUUCCCUCGCUGUAUUUGUGGGCAAUUUUUGAGCAUCCUUUGGAUGUGAGUCAAGAGUACAGAUUAGGAAGUGCACCUGUUACUAUCGAAUCCUCCAGGCUGUGCUUCAGUAAAGUCCCCGAACAUGAAUGUCAACACAUUACCGAAAGAAAAGCGAGGACUCUGCUUUCCCUUAAGCUGAAUCUCGAGGCCACAUAUCUGCUAUUCAAAAGCGCUUUCAAAUUUCUCUAUAACUUUUCUCUGUUCAAGGGGUAUUGCUCUUGUCUCUUCAUGAGCAUUCGUAAGUAUCAGUUGUUGAUAAGAAGCAGUGAAUACCUAGAGCUCGUUUUACAACGACUGGUAAUCGAGUUGCACCUCAUUCACGCUAUUGUGCUCCUGUUACCGGAUGAAUUACGUCGACGAGUUUCUUGCAUUUCAGUAUUUGAUGCAUUUACUUAUGGUACCUCUGGAGAAAGACUGACCUUGAUAUCCUACUUGGGCCAUAUUAGCCUAAUGGAUCUUCCGCGGAGCCUACCUUGCUUUGACCGUGAUGAAUCCUCCACGACGCUAGCCUCCAUCUUUAUAUGUCUCGUUCAGAUUGCUCUGGAUAUAAACCCGACCCCAUCCUGGUUCUGCGAACUUAUACCUCUAGUAUCUUUCGGAUCUUUGAUGCAGCUAAUGGGCUAUCUGAAAUUGGGCAUUACUUCGACUGAAGACGGCAAUUUGAUGGUAGUGAAUUGCCACUUUCUUACACUUGACAACAUGCCAAGUCUUGUUCAAGCAUCUCUCGCUAGAUUUCUACUUGAGCGACUACGAGCGCUAACAUUGUUUGGCAGCCGAAUACCGGCAUUCAGUUGGCUGAAGUCGGUGACAGCUUUGGAAAGGCUCGAUUAUAUCCUAGUCGGAGAGUUACGGAUAUUAUGGCUGUUACUUUCUAACCACUACUUCACUAUUCUAUCGUUAGACUCACCACUUACUCUAGUAUUUGUUUCAUCAUUUGAUAUAACCCUUGCACAGUUUCCAGUAUGUCAGUCUUCAUCAAUACCUGCACCUGCAGCACCUCUGCAAAUCCUCCUCGUCCAUUUACCAGACCAACGCUCCAUUUUGUUUCCUACACUCCGCUUCACCCUGGCUUCUACUCCAUCAUUUUCAAUCUCAACCCGAUUAAGCCCUGAUGCGAGUUUCUUCCAGAAGGACAUCCUUGCCGACCCGAUCACUACACCUAAGCUCGCAAUCACAGGGGGGGAAAAAAACCAGAAGAUACUGAGUGUUUGCUUUACGGCGUCUUCGUCCCACUCUCAACUUCACAGCUGUGCGUCUGAUCCUCGCACAGAAUUCAAGUUAAAUAUUGCAACAAUCAAGCCUGAAAAUCAAUCACAGAUCAACUGCCAGGCGCCUUACUUUUGGCCAUCAAAAACCUGGCGACUGGAGAUGAUGUGGAGCCCGCCUUGGAGUAUCCCAGAUGAGCGAGGUGUUAAGGCUGUUGCAAUAUACGCCAACCUCGAGUUUAGUCUUACAGAAAGAACUAGGUUCAUCUUCGUCGAAAACUCUAGUAACGGCGUCUGGACUAUCACAGAAAGAGUAAACUCCAACCUGAUGGUUAAUGUUGUCACCUAUGGCGAUGGAAUCAUUCUCAAUGGCUGGUGGUUGGAGUCAUCAAAGGAAAUUUACAGACUCAAGCCGGGCUUCGGAAAGUAUAAAGUGAAGAAUUCUCAUAUUUUCGCUUUCUAA